AUGAAACAACUAAACAUGUACCUAUUGACCUUUUUGAUGUUUUCACUUACGGCUAUCGCACAAGGUUCAAAUCGGUUGUCGGAGCCCGAUUUUAAGGCUGCUAAUUUCGCAAAGGCGAUAGAAGAUCGAAAACUCAACGGGAGUGUCUUCAGAGACUUUGAGGUCGCGUCUGAGAUCUCUUGUCAGUUUGAAUGUAUCUCUGAAGAGCGAUGUUUAUCUUACAACUUCCUUCCCAUCCAUGGCAAGGAGAGAAGUAUAUGCCAACUAAGUGACUCGGACCGCUUUAUCAGCGGUGUGAAUUUUACGAAAGAGGAUGGAGCCAUUUACAGAGGAAUACAGGUGACAAUACUUCAUUAUUUUGAUGGACUCUGACCUUCGGAAGGGAAGUUGUGAAAAAUAGUUGUUUUGAUGAACGUGAAUGUCAUCCGGCUCGUUUUAAGUGUAUUUCCUUCGGUGCAAAUUUACUGCUGAGUGUUUAGGAAUUCCAUACGUGUACUUUCUCUAUCUACCUUAAUGAAUUACUAGUUGAUAAUGAAUGAUUGUCUCACCUCUCUGUCGACACAUUACAGCUAUUUCCGUAAAAACCAACUAUGAUCUGCCAAAGUUAUUGGUGCCUUAAAGCACCUGUCAAAAAAGGCAGGGUUUCUUGUUAAGAAAGAGAACGUUUCACUAUAGUGGUCUUUCGAGGACAAAAUUUACUGUAAUAUGAAAUCAUAUAAUUUAAAUUCUAUAGAGACUGUCGUUUGAAAAAAUGAAACAUUAAUUAAUGAGACACUCAAAUGACUGUAAAGGGAAUACAAUCCAGUCUUCAUUUCCACCUUUGUGAGAUUAGUUCGUUCUCAGACUUUUCAAAAAUAAAACUGUGUCCCAGCUUUUUCUCUUCUAAGAUGUAAGAUCGACAAAAGGCAGGAAGUUCUUGGCCCACUUAACAAAAAAGUCCUCCUUCAACUUUAAAAUAUGAAUAUAUAUGUAAGGCAAUUUUAUUUCCCUACUUUUAGAGCACCUGCGAACAAGAUAAUCCAUGCACAGAGAAUGAAAUAUGUGUGGUUGAAUACAGAUCAAACACUCACUUUUGUAAGUGUAACAGAGGUAAGGAUAGACGUGGUUAGAUUUUUGUAGUCUGACAGCUAUGAAUUUACACAGUUGGAGAUGGAAUUUCUCUAACAGGGUAAACGGUGAACGGUAUAAUUGAGAUGCUCUCAAGUGAUAGGGUGCAGAUUCAACUGGGUAAUAGGCACUAGACGAAGAGAGUUUACGAAAGGCGAAACAGGCAACUUCGAACUAACAAAUAGUUUGAUGGCGAGGGAGAACAUCAACUCACGUCUACUCUGUUGGAGAGAGAGGAAAUCCCCUAAACUGAUAUGGAAUAAUAAUAUUCUGCAUGAGGUACGAAAUUUGGUGGUUAAUUAUGACGGAAACAAAAAAUGUUAAGAUAGGACAUUUUCAUUAAUUUCAUGCUUUGGUGGAUGCUAUAACACCAAUAUAUGAUUAGGAAAAAAGCCACUUCAGGUGACUGGUAUUUCGGCUAAUAAUGUCCACGGCCAAGAUAUUGAGCAUGCUGGAACAUGCCGGAAAAAACCGGAAAAAUGGAGGAAAUGCCUGAACAUGCCGGAAAACGGGAAAUAUCUUGUAAAACACUAAAACACCGGAACAUGCCGGAACACCGUGGAAAAACUAAAGAAAAAAACUUAAAAUUUGAUGAAAAAAUAUAGUUAAUGGUUACCUGGCGUUCCAGGUUUUAUCACGAGCCGAGAUAUUUGUCUGAGAAAUGAAUAAUUGAUAGAUAAGCAAAACUUUGAGGACAAUGUCUCAGUCAAGGACAUUAUCAGCCUACAGACCAACAAGCCAGAAGGGUUCUUAUUAAUUUAUAACCCUUCCAGUAAUUCUCGUCAAGCGAGUUGAAAGCAAAUUUUGUCGACUUUUUUUGUACUUUUGGAGCAGCAUUUCAGAUCAGCUUUUUAGUGUCACUAUUACUGGACUCCACAAAACGAGUUAUUUUUUUCUUCCAUGUAAAGUGAUAAAGAUGAAAAAGUGAAAGUCUUGAAAUUAAUAUUUUUUCCGCUGGCUUUGUUUCUCUCUGAUGGAAAUAAUUUGGGGACAAAUACAGACGUAGACGGGGGUUAUUGUGUGAUAACUGUCCGGUGAUUUUACACCACAUGACUAAGUAUAAAGUGUUUAAUUUAAUUUAGCGGAAAACGAAUAGGUGGGUUAUAGAAUUCGGUAACUUUAUAUUCUCUAAGGAUUACUCCUUUGGGUUUCUAUUCUAAAGAUUGUCCCAGGAACUGUCUCGACCAUUAUCAAAAUGGUUCCACUUCCGACGGAAUGUAUUUGAUUUACCCUGAUGAAGAACAACCUUUCCAAGUACUGUGUGACAUGACAACUAAUGGUGGAGGAUGGACCACCUUUCAAAGGCGCAUGGAUGGCUCUGUAGACUUUUAUGUUGACUGGGAAUCUUACAAAAAAGGCUUUGGAAAUAUGAAGGGCGAGUUUUGGCUUGGAAAUGACUACCUUCACCGUCUCACUGCAUCUGCCAACAUGGUGUUUCGAAUCGAUAUGGAGGAUUACGAAGGCGACCAAAGAUUUGCUGAGUACACGACCUUCUUUGUGGCCGACGAAAGCGAUGAUUACCGGGUGACGAUCGAUGCAUACCGAGGCACCGCAGGUGAUGCAUUGCUAUCUCUCAGUAGGCCUAUCAGGUUUGUUUUAGGCAUUUCAGUUUUUCGUAUAAUGCUUAGCGAACAGUGAUAUAAAGCUAACUAGCUCUGCGCAAGAACCGAGAAAAGUAUUCAUUACCCGCUGAAGACGAAGAUCUCUACACUUGUUUAAGUUAAACAUCUCUUUCUGAAAAUGUACUGCUACAGGCAACAUUGCUGAUCAGAAGAUCCAACUUAUCUGACGCAUAUUGCUGACAAUUAAAGCUCCUUUUGAAUUGGUGCUAGUACAUUCCUCUACGCUGCAUUAUUACCAUAAAAUACGUUUUGUUGAUUGCUAACGUUACCAUUUGUCUUUCACUUGCCUGAUGGGGGAAUAUUCCUUUUUCUACACCUUGCUGACAAUGCAGCCUUAUUGCUAACCGUACAAUGUUAUCAGUAGCAUUGUUGUUCAGCUCUUCCACAGUUUCUUACAAAAUUCUUUUUUCAUAUCAGAAAUAUGAAGUUUACAACCAAGGACAGAGACAACGACGUCGAUAACAGUAAGAAUUGUGCCCUGUACUAUAAAGGCGCCUGGUGGUACAACUAUUGCCAUAACGCAAAUCCAAAUGGUUUGUACCAAGGUGGAGGUAACGCACAAGGAAUUACAUGGGAACCAUUUCGGGGACAAGAUUAUUCGUUAAAGCACAUCGAAAUCAAACUUCGACCAGCAUGAUUUGUAUCUUAGAAGUUGCGUGUUUAAGCCUUCAGCAGACUAUAAUGAAAAUACAGUGUAAUAACAACAAAAAUGAUAAUGAUAAUAAGAAUUACUAUAGUAAUUGUAAUAAUUAUAAUAAUUACAGUAAUUGUAAUAAUUAUAAUAGUUCUAAAAAAUUCAUUAUGAUGAAAAUGCACAUCAAGAUGUUCCAUUGCAAAUAAAUAGAAGGUCUGAAAAUUAGAAAAAGUAUGGGAAAACGAAG